GCGUACGAGUGUUUCACUAAGUUGUUUCUUUUUUAUUCUUGAUAAAAAUGAGAGAGAUUGUUCAUUUGCAGGCUGGCCAAUGCGGCAACCAAAUCGGAGCGAAGUUUUGGGAGGUGAUAAGCGACGAACACGGCAUCRACCCGACCGGGACCUACCAUGGGGACAGCGACCUGCAGCUGGAGCGGAUCAACGUGUACUACAACGAGGCCUCAGGAGGCAAGUAUGUUCCUCGUGCAGUUCUGGUGGACCUGGAGCCUGGCACUAUGGACUCUGUGAGGUCUGGUCCUUUCGGUCAGGUGUUCAGACCUGACAACUUUGUCUUUGGCCAGAGUGGAGCUGGUAAUAACUGGGCUAAAGGCCACUACACUGAGGGAGCUGAGCUGGUGGACUCUGUUCUGGAUGUGGUGAGAAAAGAGGCCGAGAGCUGUGACUGCCUCCAGGGCUUCCAGCUCACGCACUCUCUGGGAGGAGGCACAGGUUCUGGCAUGGGUACGCUCCUCAUCAGUAAGAUCCGAGAGGAGUACCCGGAUCGCAUCAUGAACACUUUCAGUGUUGUGCCCUCUCCUAAGGUGUCAGACACGGUGGUGGAGCCCUACAACGCCACGCUCUCUGUCCACCAGCUGGUGGAGAACACAGAUGAGACCUUCUGCAUCGAUAACGAGGCCCUGUAUGACAUCUGCUUCCGUACUCUGAAACUGACCACACCCACCUAUGGUGACCUCAACCACCUGGUCUCAGCCACCAUGAGCGGGGUGACCACCUGCCUGCGCUUCCCUGGCCAGCUGAACGCCGAUCUGAGGAAACUGGCUGUCAACAUGGUGCCCUUCCCCAGGCUGCACUUCUUCAUGCCAGGCUUUGCCCCCCUGACCAGCCGGGGCAGUCAGCAGUACCGGUACUGAAACACAAACCCACUUCUAACCGU